AUGCCGGAAGUAUCUCUUACAGACACUAUUAUUAGUUCCCUUAACGCUCAAGAGCCAUGGCCGGACAAUGUAAAGCUUUUUCAGCCAUAUGAGGUGGAACAAAUAUUGCUACCUGAUAAUGCCAGCUGCUUAGCUGUUCAAGCAUUUUUAAAGAUGUGCAAUUUGCCGUUCGAAGUGGAGAUGAGAUGGAACGCUGAAUUCAUGUCACCAUCUGGCCGAGUGCCAUUCAUCAAAUGUGGUGCUUUUGUUGUAUCGGAAUUGGAACCAAUAGUACAAUUUGCGGCGAACAAAGGAGUGACAUUAUGUUCCAGACUGUCUACAGAAGAACGAGCGGAGAUGAGGGCGUAUAUGAGUUUAAUAACGAAUGUGUUGGUUAAUGCUGAGUUAUACGUGUCGUGGGUAGAUCAAGAGACAUUUAAUACAGUUACUAGAGUGAGGAACUCUUCAGUAUAUCCCUGGCCGUUAGGCUGGCUGCAGACUAGAUCGAAACGCUCGAAUGCUAUAAAAAGAUUGAAAGCUCUGCACUGGCAUGAUAAAACGUUGGAACAGGUUUUAUCUGAUGUGGAACAGUGUUGCAAUUCACUAAGCCAACGUUUGGGCGAUAAAGAUUACUUUUUUGGAACUCCCACGGAGCUCGACGCCCUAGUAUUCGGUCAUGUGUUCACAAUAAUCACGACGCGACUGCCUUGUCGCAAGCUGGCUGAGACUGUUCGGCGAUACGACACUUUAGUCGCACUCGCUAAGCGAAUCGACGAGCAAUACUUUAAACGGCCA